AUUCUUGCGAUUAGCAUCGGCAUACUAUUAUAUGUUCCGACAAUCUCGGGGACAGAUGUAGUGAGUAUUGUCCAACAAUGACAGCCAUGUUCGUCCAAUUAAUGAAUUCCAAUGCAGAGGAUUUUGUCAGGCCUGGUCAUGCAUGCUGCACUAGAUUGGAUAAGCAUGGUCGGAAAUGUAAUGCUGGGUGUUGUCGUGAUAGCUCGCUUACAUGCCAUGUAUCAGCAAUCCAGAAGGGUGCUGGCAUUUCUGGUUGUCAUCUUCCUGGCUAUCAACGUAUAUAAUGGAGUAAUGACCGCACUCGCAAUGAGGGAUGUUUCAGGGGAGGAGCUCAUUCUCUCCGGCACCUAUCAGUGUGACCUUAUUUAUGAGGGAGAUGGCGUACUUGUGUGCACCAUCAUUUGGACACUUGGCACUGUGUGGCAUGUUCUUGCACUGUGUCUCGCAGUUUGGAUUACUGUAAAACACUUCCGUGAACUGCAACGAUAUUCGGCAGGAGGGUUUAUUGAGGACUGUUUCACGGUGUUAAUGAAAACUCACUUAAUUUACUUUGCAACCUUUUUUGCUAUUUCUUGUUUUGCGCUCAGUAGUUUGUUUUCAAUCAUGUCAGCGGACACAUCUUCCCUGGAAUUUCGGAUGUACCUUUGUAUUUGCCAAAUUUCCUUGCUCGUGCACAUCUUUGUGCUAGGACCACGCCUGAUCCUUAGCGUUCGAGAACAUAACGCUAAGCUCGUGGGUGACUGGCAUUCAGCAACCGGCAUGACGUCAAUUGCUUUCCCGCAUAUUUCAACCAGCAGUGUGUAGCAUGGGAAACGUUCGUUCUGAUUAACAGUUGUUGGGUACUCUGCAGGGAGCGGCAGAAUGUGUUUUCUUCAAGUUUCAUCGUAGUACUGUAUGUGUUCGAAAGUAGAUUUGAAAGACAAAUAGGUUAGAC